GACCAUUGUGAUCACGUGACCCACGCUUUGGAAGGCGAGGUCUCAGAUGAAAGAGGAGGGGUAGCGAAAGUGACAAUAGAUUUGUCUAUAUUCUCGUCGCAUCGUUCCCGAAUUUCACCAUGUCUCGACGGUCGCAGAAGCUAACGCAGAAGACGGUGGUCACCGAGACCACCACCAGCUCGGUCUCCACCCCGAAGGUGACCAAGCAGGUUCAGGAAGCCUUCGUAACGCAGCUCAGCCCCACGCGGCUCACUCGUAUGCAGGAGAAGCAAGAGCUUCAAUGGCUAAACGACCGGCUCGCUCAGUACAUCGACCGGGUGCGCUACCUCGAGGCGGAGAACUCCCGCCUUAUGGUCCAGGUAACGUCUUCCGAGGAGAUCACUCAACGGGAGGUGACCAACAUCAAGUCCAUGUUCGAGCAAGAGCUGACCGACGCCCGCAAGUUACUCGACGACACCGCCAAGGAGAAAGCGCGCGUCCAGAUCGAAGCCGGCAAAUAUCGCGCCGAAGCCGACGAGCUGAGGGCCAAGCUUGCCAAAAGUGAGGGUGCUCUCGCCACGGCAGAGAAGAAACGUCACCAGGCAGAAAGCGCUCUUAAUGAGAAGGAGGGGCGUCUGCAAAAUGCUAUCGCUGACAAGCAGAGGGCUGAGGGGGAGCUGGCCGCACUUCGCCUGGAGUUCGCCAACCUGGAGAAACAGUUAGCAACGGCACGGAAGCAGCUGGAGGAGGAGACUCUACUGCGUGUGGACCUGGAGAACAAGGUGCAGACCCUGAGGGAGGAGGUCGAGUUUAACAAGCAGGUGUACGAACAGGAGCUGACAGAGUCCCGCAGCAGGAAGGAAGUUAGCAUCACAGAGGUGGAUGCAGGAGAGGCAGCUUUCGAGAGCCGUCUCCAGGAGGCUCUACGUGAGAUGAGGGAACAACAUGAACUGGAGGCCAGGGCCAUGAGGGAGGAGCUGGAGACCAUGUACACCCAGAAGAUCACGUCUAUGAAGACUGACUCGGAGCGUGGCAGCAACGCCCUGUCUGUGGCCCGUGAGGAGAUGAGGGAGAGCCGUGCUCGCAUUGACAGCCUCAUGUCCCAGGUUAGCGGCCUCCAGGGACAGAAUGCCUCUCUGGAAGCUCGCUGUAAAGAGCUGGAAGGAAUGAUGGCGCGCAUGUCAGAAGAAAGCCGGUCCUCCGCAGAGCAGUACGAGCGGGAGAUCCGCCAGCUGCGAGAGGAGAUCUCGCAGAUGUUGGUGGAUUACCAGGAACUGAUGGACAUCAAGAUCGCGCUGGAUCUGGAGAUCAGCGCCUACAGGACCCUACUGGAGGGAGAGGAACAGAGGUUGAAGCUGACCCCGACGCCGUCCCCUACGGGCCGCACACGCAGCGUGGUGCAGGAGUCCAGGAAGACCACGGUCACCUCCUCAUCUUCUGGCUCUAGCAGGGGCAGGACCAGUAAGAGGAAGCGUGUUGAGAUGGAGUCGGAGGAGUCAGGGUCGUCCUCCGGAGCCGUGGCGGUGGGCGGUGUGAGCGGCAGUGCCAGCGCCAUGGUCACUCAGAGUGCCACGGCCUCAGGCUUCAUCACCAUCGAUGAGGUGGACUUGGAAGGGAAGUUCGUCAAGCUACAGAACACAUCGGCUGAAAAGGACAUGAGCAUGGGUGGAUGGCUGCUGAAGAGGACUGUGGGAGGUGGGGAUGAGAUCUCCUACAAGUUCCCCUCCAGAUAUGUGCUGAAGGCCGGCCAGUCUGUCACGGUCUGGGCAACUGAAGGUGGUGGCUCUCACAGCCCUCCCUCAGACUUGUUGUUCCGUGGCCAGGCUUCUUGGGGCAGCGGAGACGACACCAAGACACUUCUUGUCAACGACAGUGGAGAGGAGAUGGCAACGAGGUCAGUGACCCGCGUGGCCAGCUCAGGCUUCUCCAGCACCAGCGGGGGUACCUUUGUUGAGGGUGACCCAGCCAGCCCCAGACAGCGCUGCAGCAUCAUGUGAUGACAGCGGAGACUGUGAUGUCACUACAGUCUGGAAUAUGGUAUACUUGUAUACUGGAUCCAUUUUUUAUUAUUAUUUUUUUAGUCAACUUAAAUAGCGAUAAAUAGAACAUUGUUCAUCUCUCUCUCUCACAGAAGUGAUUCCAGGUGUUCACGUCCACUAUUCUCAUUGACAUGAACAUACAUAUUGUGGAUUUUUAUAUGCAAAAUUUGGAAAGAUUGUAUGUACAUUUGAAAGAUUUGUAACCAAAUGAUUGUCUGAAGUAAAUUACAAAGCACUAACUUAAGCAAUUCUGGUGUUUGAGGCAGAAUAUUUCUACCAUUUUUCCAACCAGUUUUCAAAAAUCGAUGUGAUCUUGCCAUUAUUGUACUCUGUGAGGGGUGGUAUGGACGCCAAUAGUUUUUGCUUGGAAAACAGUUAAACGUCUUUGUUCUUAUACUUUAUAGUAGAGUCAUGAAAGCAGGUAUCUUACAGCUGUGCAAUUAUUCCUAGUGCUUCUGUUUUGUACUAUCAGACAUUCAGACCACGAGGACCAAGUUUCUUGUCAUCUCACUGUAAAAUGCGUCUACAACAAGCAGUCAUUGCAGGUUGCAUGCUUUUCGCAAUGCAAGCAUAGUUUGUGUCCAGUAGCAUGCAUCUUUUUUAUUAAGCGUUUCAUAGCUAUAAGUGGACAUGUGCAAAUUUUCCCAUCCUUUCAAGUUCUUUCACAAUAAUAGCAGUGGUUGUACUGUAUGUAUAGAAAAGCAGUGAUUUGAGCCAUUUAGAACUAGAGAUCAUUGGUCAAACAUACAUGCUAUGGCACAUAAUUUUUGUCCAGUUGAUCCAGCUAAAAAUUAGUUGCUAUACUGGUAGUCCCUGAUUACCAUGUACUUAGGGAGUGCUACUCUAUGUGCAGUGAAGAUGCAAAAACCAAAGUAUGAUAACUAAGGUGUUAGGGUAGGGAUGGGGUUGUCUGUGGCUCUUUGUAUGAGGAUAUGUAAGGAUGCAUUUUGUAGGGUUGUGGUAGUCUGAGCCUUGUAGUUUUGGCUUAUAGAGAAGGGACUUUUGUAUUAUAUCUUGAUACUGUGGAGCUUUUCCUCUUAGAUUAUGAAGGUAAUAUGCAUAAAUUUGUGUGAUAAUCAGCAUCUAGGAAGUGAUAAUUUUUUAAAGCUUCUAUAUCCCAAGUUAUGCAUGCUUUAUUAGUAAUCUUGUUAUUAGAAUAAUUUUCAAGAAUUAUCCAAUGAUUACAACUUGUUUUUGUACUGCGUAGAAACUAUAGGUACUUAUUUUUCAUAUUUAAUGGUGCAGUGUAUUGUGCAGAUGUGCAUGCUUUGUAUUUCUUCCUAAGCCACAAUGUUACUUAGUUACUAAUGUCAGCAUCACUAUUAACCACAGUGUACCAAAUAAAAUCCCCAACAGGUUUCCUGUCAUAACUCUGCAUUUUUUAAAAGACAUUUUGUAUUGUGAAGAAAAACUUAGUCAAAAUUGUCUCAUUUUUUCUUAGGAAGUCAUGACUUGUGGCCUUAGAAUUUGAAAAACCAUUCCAUGUUUAGACCAGAAGUUUGUGCAAUGAUAGUGUGGUGAAGAGGAUUUUACCCCUCUCACUGUCAUCUGGCUCUUGAGUUGUGGGUUGUCACGGAAAAUUGGAUGCACACAAAACCUCUUAGACAUGAUAGAGUGCAAGCUGAUGAAAAGUGUCCACAUAUCGUAACAGAAUGAUUACAUAUGAGGGAAUCAUGCAGAAGUUGUGACAGGAAAUGUGUGCUGGCAGCUUCUUUACUAAUUUGUAUGGUUUAAAAGGCAAAUAAACCAAGUAUUUUAAGAAAAGUUCA